AAGCGUUAUCAGUAUCAGAAAAUAUCGUUAACAGUUGAGUGACAACAAGUGAAAAAAGAAGACGCUCCGAUCGAUUUUCAAAAUGUCGAAGAAACUGAUCAUCUUAGCUCUCUUUGUCGUCAUAAUUUACUACACCUCCGCUUUUCCCCAGGGAUCCGCGUGCGGUCCUAACCAAAUAUUUGACACCUGCGGAUCGGCCUGCCAGCCAAGCUGCAAAAAUCCUUCUCCAGAUGUCUGCGUUUUGAAAUGUAUUAUCGGAUGUCGAUGCGAAGAAGGAUUCAUCAAAAAUACUGACGGAAAUUGCGUUUUGACCCAAGAUUGCAGUUAGAACUGAAAUGGAAAUUUUUUAUUGAAAUGGAGAAAUUUUAUUGCAACUUUGGAAAAGAUAGAUGAAGAUAUUUUCUCAAAGAUAAUUUCAAUGUAUUUAUUUUUUAGUGAUAUGUACUAAAUAAAUUACAAGAUUUAUUAUAUAUUACAUUA